AUGGGUUCAUCUUGUACGCGUACAACAAAGGGUAUAAAAUCCACAUCACAUAUUAAAGCAUUAACAUCACCCUAUGUUGGCACUAAAGAUGUUAAACGAACAAGAGUUAGCGAAAAUAAAAUUAAUUGGAAUGUUAAAUGGGAAGCCUAUAAACCAAUAGAAUAUACUGAUCCGUCAGUUUUAAUUGAUAAAAAAACAAAUACAAAACCAGUAUGGGCUGAUGAUCCUGAUCCAAGAUCAAUUACUGGAUUCAAUAAAAUCGAUGGUAAAGUGGAUCGUACAAGUUAUAUGGGAAAAUAUCAAAUUGAAUCACAAACAAAUCGUCCGUUAAAUCCAGCUGGUCGUACCGGAAUGGCCAUGAGAGGUUUACUCGGUCGAUGGGGACCGAACCAUCCUGUUGUUACAAGAUGGGCCAAAACUGGAAAUAAAAAAAAUAUAUUAGAAUUUAUCGGUAUAAAACGAAAAGAUACUGGUGAAAUAGCUUUACCGGGCGGUAUGGUUGAUCCGGGUGAAUCAAUUUCUUCAACAUUAAGACGAGAAUUUGAAGAAGAAGCUAUGAAUUCAUUGGAAACAGCACCACAUCUAAGACAAAAUAUUGAUGCAUUAAUGAAAAAACAACAUACGAUUUACAAGGGUUAUGUUGAUGAUCCCCGCAAUACUGAUAACGCAUGGAUGGAAACGGAAGCAGCCGAAUUUUUUGAUGAAACUGGUGAAUUGACAAAAGAUCUUAGACUACAAGCUGGUAAAGUUGAUAAUAUUUUGAUAUCUCAAAAAUAG